AUGAGUUUAGUUGCAUUAGAAAACUCAGAGCUUGUUUUUCUUCAGGUUCACAGAGUUUGGAUCGAGAGGACGUUCCAGAAAAGAGAAUGUAUCCAGAUCAUUCCCAGCAAAGACGCCAGCAGGUGCAGCUGUGGUCAGCUGGUGACUCAGCACACUGCCAUCCUCCCGGGGGCCAAAGAGGAGGGGGCCCCACUGGUUCAGCUGGAGGUCCAAACUGCAGAGAGAUGGAGUCCCCUCAAACACACCCAGACCUCCCCCACCGAUUCCUAUGGAGUCAUUGAGUUCCAGGGAGGAGGACAUGUCAACAAGGCCAUGUACAUCAGGGUCUCCUAUGACUCUAAACCGGACUCCCUGCUCCACCUGAUGGUGAAGGACUGGCAGCUGGAGCUCCCUACGUUGCUCAUCUCUGUCCACGGAGGCCUUCAGAACUUUGACCUUCCGCCCAAACUCAAGCAGGUUUUUGGGAAGGGACUGAUCAAAGCCGCUGUGACCACCGGAGCUUGGAUCUUCACCGGAGGAGUCAGCACAGGAGUGAUCCGCCAUGUUGGAGACGCUCUCAAAGAUCAUUCGUCCAAGUCCAGAGGGAAAGUCUAUGCUAUCGGCAUCGCACCGUGGGGGAUCAUCGAAAACAAAGAAGACCUGAUAGGGAGAGACGUGACUCGGUCGUAUCAGACCAUGUCCAACCCGCUCAGCAAACUGUCGGUCCUGAACGGCAGCCACUCACACUUCAUCCUGUCCGACAACGGGACCACCGGGAAGUAUGGUGCCGAGGUCCGUCUCCGCCGCCAGCUGGAGAAACACAUUGCUCUGCAGAAGAUCAACACACGUCUGGGUCAGGGGGUCCCGGUGGUGUGUCUGAUACUUGAGGGGGGUCCUAACGUCAUCUCCAUCGUGCUGGAGAGUCUGAAGGAGGAUCCUCCUGUCCCUGUUGUGAUCUGUGACGGCAGCGGUCGAGCCUCUGACAUCAUUUCCUUUGCUCACAGAUAUUGUGAGGAGGACGGGCUGGUGAGUGACAGCGUCAAAGAUCAGCUGCUGGUCACCAUCCAGAAAACCUUCAACUACAGCCGCAGCCAGGCGCAGCAGAUCUUCCUCAUGGUGAUGGAGUGCAUGAAGAAGAGAGCUCUGAUCACAGUAUUCAGGAUGGGCUCAGAGGGUCAACAGGACAUUGAGAUGUCGAUCCUCACAGCUCUUCUCAAAGGUACCAAUGCAUCAGCGUCAGAUCAGCUGAGUUUGGCUUUGGCCUGGAACAGAGUGGACAUCGCUCGUAGUCAGAUCUUUGUGUACGGACACCACUGGCCUCCUGUGAGAGUCGGAGAUCGACCUAAGAGCCCUGUGGCCCAGAGAGGAGGGGGAGGGGCAGGAGGGGGAGGGGGAGGAAAAGGUAAAGCCAGAGCGAAAAAGGGAAAAGGAGGAAAAACUAAAGUUGAACCUCCUGAAGAGACCGACCCAAGAAAACUGGAGCUGCUGAGCUGGGUGAACUCUCUGGAACAGGCCAUGAUGGACGCUCUAGUUCUGGACAGAGUUGACUUUGUGAAGCUGUUGAUUGAAAACGGUGUGAACAUCCAUCACUUCCUGACCAUCCCUCGACUGGAGGAGCUGUACAACACGAAGUUGGGUCCUGCCAACACGCUGCACUUUGUGGUCCGAGAUGUGAAAAAGGGGAACCUCCCUCCAGAUUACCAGAUCACGCUGAUUGACAUCGGUCUGGUGCUGGAGUUUCUGAUGGGUGGAGCAUAUCGCUGCAAAUACACCAGGAAGAGCUUCAGGACGCUGUACAACAACCUGUAUGGUCUGAAAAGACCAAAAGCUCUGAAACUUCUUGGGAUGGAGGACGAUGAGCCUCGUUCGAAGGGAAAAGGAAAGAAGAAUAAGAAGAAGGAGGAGGAGGUGGACAUAGACGUUGAUGACCCUGAGGUCAGCAGGUUUCAGUACCCUUUCCAUGAGCUGAUGGUGUGGGCAGUGCUGUUGAAGCGCCAGAAGAUGGCGCUGUUCCUGUGGCAGCGGGGGGAGGAGGCCAUGGCCAAAGCUUUGGUGGCCUGUAAACUCUACAAGGCAAUGGCCCAUGAGUCGUCUCAGAGCGAGCUGGUGGACGACAUCUACCAGGACCUGGAGAACAACUCCAGGGAGUUUGGUCAGCUAGCCUACGAGCUCCUGGAUCAGUCAUACAAACACGAUGAGCAGGUCGCCAUGAAGCUGCUGACGUACGAACUGAAAAACUGGAGUAACUCCACCUGUCUGAAGUUAGCUGUUGCUGCCAAACACAGAGACUUCAUCGCUCACACCUGCAGCCAGAUGUUGCUGACGGACAUGUGGAUGGGCUGUUUAAGGAUGGGCAAGAGCAACAGCCUCAAGGUGAUUUUAGGGAUCGUUUUCCCUCCUGCCAUCCUCCUCAUGGACUUUCGUCUUGGAGAGGAAGCUUCAUUUCAUACGACCAAAGAAAAUGAGGACGGCAAAAGUAAAGAUGACGACAACAAAUCCAGCAAGGAUGCCGUCUCUAAUGUUGACGCUACAUCAAAGAAAGGAGACGAAGAAGAAAACCAGAAGAAACAUCGCAGGAGGGUUCCCAUCGGGAGGCAGAUCUACGAGUUCUACAACGCUCCCUUCACCAAGUUCUGGUUCAACACGAUCUCGUACCUGGUCUACCUGAUGUUGUACAACUACAUCAUCCUGGUGAAGAUGGAGCGAUGGCCCUCUCUGCAGGAGUGGAUCGUCAUCUCUUACAUCAUCACUCUGGGGCUGGAGAAAGUCAGACAGAUCCUGAUGUCGGAGCCGGGGAAGCUGAAGCAGAAGAUCAACGUGUGGUUGGAGGAUUACUGGAACAUCACCGACCUGGCGGCCAUCUCCGUCUUCCUGCUGGGUUUACUGCUGCGGCUGCAGAAUGAGCCCUACAUGGGCUACGGACGCGUCAUCUACUGCGUCGACAUCAUCUUCUGGUACAUCCGAGUCCUGGACAUCUUUGGAGUCAACAAGUACCUGGGACCCUACGUCAUGAUGAUCGGGAAGAUGAUGAUUGACAUGCUGUACUUCGUGGUCAUCAUGCUCGUGGUGUUGAUGAGCUUCGGCGUCGCUCGACAAGCGAUCCUCCAUCCAGACGAGAAGCCCACGUGGCGUCUGGCUCGCAACAUCUUCUACAUGCCGUACUGGAUGAUCUACGGAGAGGUGUUUGCCGACUCCAUAGACCUUUAUGCGAUGGAAAUCAAUCCUCCGUGUGGAGACAACUUGUAUGAUGAAGACGGGAAGAAGCUUCCUCCCUGUAUCCCCGGAGCCUGGCUCACUCCCGCCAUCAUGGCCUGCUACCUACUGGUCGCCAACAUCCUGCUGGUCAACCUGCUCAUCGCCGUCUUCAAUAACACCUUCUUCGAGGUGAAGUCCAUCUCCAACCAGGUGUGGAAGUUCCAGCGAUAUCAGCUGAUCAUGACCUUCCACGACCGUCCCAUCCUGCCGCCCCCGCUCAUCGUCUUCCCCCACAUCUACAUCAUCCUGAAGAGGCUGUGCUGCCACUGCCGCCGCCGGCCGGAGGGAGAGCACGACGACCGCGAGAGACGACUCCAGCUGGUGUUGAGUCCAGACGAGUUAAAGUCUCUUCACGAGUUCGAGGAACAGUGUGUUGAGGAAUAUUUCAGAGAGAAAGACGACGAGAAACAAUCGUCCAACAACGAACGAAUCAGAGUCACAUGUGAGAGGGUGGAGAACAUGUUCAUGCGCCUGGAGGAGGUGAACGAGCGCGAGCACUCGAUGAAGGCGUCCCUGCAGACGGUCGACCUCCGCCUGGCUCAGCUGGAGGAGUUCUCUGGUCGGAUGAUGAACGCUCUGGAGAAGCUGGCCGGCGUCGACCGAGCCGACCUUGUCCGGUCGCGCUCCAGAGGAUCAUCGGUGUGUGAACCGGCCGCUCUGCUGCGACACGGCAGCAUUAACAGUGCCGACGGAUACAGUCUGUACCGAUACCAGCUGGAGCAUGACGACAGGGUCUCUGUGUCCGGAGACACAGAGGCGAAUGACAAGAAGGUGAAGGAGUUUGGUUCGACCCUGGAGGUGAAAGGACCGAGGGACAGGACUCAGUCUUUGUCCAACGUUGACAUCUUGAUCUCCCCUUGCGACCCGGACCUCCAAACAACCCACACCCGACCUGCUUCCCCUCAGAUGGACCUAACAGACGCUGAUGUGAAGAAACCGCCCGAGAAAAGCCGACUGGAGGCGGUGGCAUCGUUCCCUCUGGAGACGUCAAAGGUCACAGAAUAUUUAUCCUCUGCGACCCUCAGCGUCACCGCCUCCUCCAGCAGGAAGUCAAUCAGCAGCAUCGUCUACAGCCCGGCCCACCAGGUUCAGGACGCAGCCGUCAGUUUGACACCCCACAGAGCAUCCACCAUGACGGAGGAAAGGGGCGGAGGAACUGAGACCAAACAAAAAGUGGAGCCUCCUGGGUCGUCCGAUGGGGAGCAGGGGGGUGAGCCGUCGGUUGGUAACCUGGGUAAAGGAGAGGGGGAGGAGUCAUCGGAGCUGCUGCUGGUGGGGGAGGACAGGAUGUACCCGACACUUCGCUCCAAGAGUCUCAACGUCAACCCGAGGAAGACGAGGAAGAAGGAGGGCGAGGAGACGCCGCGCUCAGCUAGCAGCGUCCGGGACCUGGUGUCAGCGUUCAGUGGGGGGGCAGGGGACACCAGACCAGAUCCAGGUUCAGAUCCAGGUCCAAGUCCAGGUUCAGGUCUUUGA